UUUAUGUAGAUUUUAAGUGUUUUAGAUAGUAAUUUAAAAGAAGAUAAUAAUAUGUUACUAAUGAAAGUUAAGUAAAAAAAUUAGAAGAAUAUAUAAAAUAUUUUAGAGUGGAGAUAUUGAAUAAUAUAAGAAGAGCUAGAGAUUAUGGAUUAAAAUAAAGGACCAAUAGAAGAACAUAAAAAUGGUAAAAUAUUUAUGGAAGAUAAAGAUGAAAAAAUUAAUUUUUAAUAAUCUUAUAAAUCUCUCAAAUAAUGAAAAAGUAACAAUAUUUUAUAAACCAAAUAAACAUUGGGUGGCUAAAUUUCAAGGAUUAUCAGAUGCUUAUGAAGAUUUUAGAAUUAAUAGUUAAUUAUUAUAUUUUAAUAAUUAAGAUUAUCUAGUAUCUGGAAAAACAAAGAGAGAAAAGAUGAAAUUGUUAAAAUUACUUGUCUUGAUAUUAUUAGGGUGUUUUAAUAUUUAUUUAGUUGAAUAACUUAAAUUGGAAAAACUACAUAUUUUACUUUUGAUUCUUAUGAUAUAUCAUAAAAAAGAUAUAUCUUUUUUAAAUUAUUCAUCCGUAUAAAUUAAUUAAUUUACUGUUAAAGUAGAUUACAAUAAAAUCUGGAAUAUUGGCAAAGAUAAUAUUGUUUAUUUAUUGAAAAAGAUUUAUUAGUUUAUCAAUUAGUUGCUUAUGAUGAUAAUAAAAUGA